AUGUCAAUGAGGAAAGUGUCUGGAAAGCUGGUGGCGGUCGAGGACCUCCAACGCUCGCAGUUAUUCACAAGAUUGAAAAAAACCGACCCUGAAAGUUUCAAGAAGUUGGUCCCUAUCUCUGGAGAUAUUCGAUUGCCAAAAUUAGGACUGAAACCUGAAGAUGAACAAACAUUGAUUGAUAAUGUAUCAGUAGUAUACCAUGGUGCAGCAACAGUGAAGUUUACUGAACCGUUAGCAAUAGCAAUGAACACCAACUUCGAAAGUACAAAGAAACUUCUUGAGCUCAGUCAACGGAUGAAGAAUAUUGAGGUAUUUCUCUACAUAUCAACAGCAUUUACGCACACACAGAAAAAGGUACUUGUCGAAACUGUUUACCCUCCACCAGCUAAAGUGGAAGAUAUUUACAAAUUCAUCGAAGAAUACGGAGAUGAUGAGCAGGCCACUUUGAAAUUUAUAAUUUCUGCCACAAAACAAGAACCAAUUCCAGGCUGGCUAGACAACUGGUAUGGGAGCACACCAUUUCUAAUGAACGCUUCUGAAGGAUGGCUGCGGAUCGUACGUGGAAACUACAACAGUGGAAUUGAUUUUAUUCCAGUAGACUUUGUGACUAAUCUGAGCAUUGUAGCUGCUGCAAAGGCCAAAAGAUACGUAAAAAUAUUAGCUCAAGUCAUACGUCUAAGGGAUGCUUAUGAGCACUUCAGCAGCAACGCUUGGAUCAUGAGGUCCGACCGUACGAGGCAGCUGCAUGCCUCACUGUCUCCCGAAGACCAGGAGAAGUUCAAAUGCGACCCAACUCAGAUCAACUGGCCAGAGUAUUUGAAAGAUUACUGCAGAGGUGUCCUAAAAUAUUUGAAACCUAGGAAAAUGUACUAA